AUGUUUAUAUUUAGCCUUGUUGAUUUUCUUAACACAAUAAAUCCAGCUGCCAUGGCACUAUGCAGAAGAAAGUUGAAAACCCUUGGAUUUCUUGGAACGAUUUUUGUCAUCAUGUCCGUUUACAGAUGGGACAGGUUCCAUCGAAUAAUCAAUUCAAGUUUUUUAAGAUCUGAGAGGAUGGAUAUCUUACAGGAAGGGAGAAAACAGCUGCUACAAGAAAACUGUGAAAAUGACAAAGAGGCCAUUUCUAUGCGGAAACGCAGUCUUGAAGAUAUGAGUGACAGUGAGCUGAAGAACCUUGUUGUGGAUGACAAGCAUGGCAUCAUCUACUGUUACAUUCCCAAGGUUGCAUGUACCAACUGGAAGAGGGUGAUGUUUGUACUGAAACAAGGGGAGCCAUAUCAGGACCCUAGUUCCAUAUCUCGUUAUCUGGUUCAUGGCCCUGGCAACUUACCUCUUUUAAGCAGCAACCCAAGAAUAGAGAGGAAGGCAAAGCUGAAGCACUACACCAAGUUUCUGUUUGUACGGGACCCGUUCGUCCGUCUCAUCUCCGCCUACCGAGACAAAUUCGAACAUUACAGCUACUCCUACUUUGACAACUUCGCCCAACACAUCCAGCAUCUCUACGGCAACCAGCCUAAUCAAACACACAGGAUGGAUGAGGUGUCAGCAUUAGGCGUGCGCAUUUCAUUUUAUAACUUUAUUCAAUAUCUUCUGGACCCACAGACUGAGGGGAAUCUGCCCUUUGAACCUCACUGGAGGCAGAUGCACCGUCUUUUCCACCCCUGCCUCAUACAGUAUUGGUUUUAUUUCUCAGUGGAGACUCUAGAGGAGGAUGCUGAACAGCUACUGAACACCUUAAAGCUGCAAAACGACAUUAAGUUCCCUCCUUCCAAUGUCAACAUUACAACUUCUGAGUCUUUGUCAGGCUGGUUCAGAGAAGUGCCUCUUGUGGAAAGGAUGAAGCUUUUCAAGCUCUAUGAGACUGACUUUAAGCUGUUUGGCUACAGAAAGCCAGAUGAAUUGCUUGAUGGUUGA